UGCUAACCUAUUCAAACUCUUUCACACGCUGCUCACACAGCUGUGCACCCUAGUUUCUCAAAUUUCUCGAUAUCACAGGAAUUACAUCAGCAUUUCCUGUUUUGCACUCACUUGUCUGCAGGUAAUGGGUGCAGCUAACCAACCAGCAGGACUAACACUUGUGACUACUAGGCUAACUGACACCGCUUACAGGAUGAUAUCAUCUGACGGCUGGCAACCAUUCUAAAGAGGGAUGACUGAAAAUAUAAACCAAUAAAAGUAUUAAGAAAGAAAUUACAAAGACGCCUUCACCUGGAUGCCUUGAAGCUCUUGUACUCUGACCUCACCUGGCUUAUCUCUUAUGCAAAGAAGACUUUCACCGCUAAAACACCUGGAGGGCUCUGCAAAGCAAGAGGGAGUUUACUCUGGGACGGGUUUAGAAAAAGAAAAAGAAAGGAUCAAAUGUCCAAGGACUGAAAACACUCCCCUAAGCAGCAGGAUAGACAAAGGCUGCGCAAUCUUCUCUGUAACCGCUGAACAAGUCCCAUCAUGUCAAGGAAGAGUUUGUCAGAGUGUGCAGGUAGACGCUGCCUAGUUCCCUGACAGAGGCGUGUGUGCAUGCGUUGGAUUGAAAUGUCCUGUAUUUGCUCAGAAAGCCAGAUGGAAUUACGCUCAUAACUGUCACCACUUGCUAAGGAUCCACCGUUGAAAAAGGAGGAAAUACAAAAGGAUAUAAAGACUAAGGAUAUAUAACAAGCAUAAAUAAAAGCAUUUUGGUCUAUCUGAGCCAGAUCUGCCAAGAUGCCACUGAGAACAUCAUUGUACAGAAAGCCAUCCUCUGGUCGUUGGCCCGGCAGGAAUUCCAAGCGCAGGGAGGUGCUGUCUGUCAACAUGAUCAGCCUACCACUGGCUGAUUUCCGCCACAUCUCACAUAUUGGCAACGAUGCCCAGAGAGACAGCUUUGGAGACCUGUCCUUCUUAAAGAUGGGCCACGGUCUGCUUCUUCAAAGCUCCCAGAGCGAGCAGAAUCUCUUCCUGGCUUGCUCUCCACCGCCAAAGCCCCCUCGGCUGAACCUGGAUGAUGCCGAGGGCUCAGAGAGCCCCGACUGGCGUGCAGGCCACAUGCACAACACAUCCCAGAAAAGAAAGAAAUGCAGCUCUAUGCCGCUGCUGGAUAGUGAGGAAGGGGAAGCAGAGAUGGAAAAGGAGGGUGGGUACCAAAGAGGGAAUAAUGUCACUCCCAAUAUGGCUCGCAGCCUUGGACGAGGCAGCCUGAGUUCAGACAAGGAUGAAGACUCCACAGACACCUGUGAUAAAACUGCUGGACAGCAUAAAGAGGAGGAGAGUGGUUUUUCAUUCAGCCUCGACCUGGGCCCUUCAAUCCUGGAUGAUGUUCUCCAGGUGAUGGAAAAACACCACGAUUAGACAACAUAUUAGCCACUAAAAGUUUGGAGUUUGAAGAAAAGAUCAGAUUUCACACCCUUUUUGGGAACACACUCCUGAUAGAAUGGACAAACCACUACCCUAAAGCGAUGGUUAUUGCUGGAAUAAAUCUGGAGAUAUCUGAUUUUAUGAUCUCUAGGUGCCAAGUACAGACAAACAACCUUCGGUGAAAGCUUGCCUCACCUAGGUUUUAAUGGACUACUACACAGAAUAAAACUGAUACAGGAUAAAAAAGUUCUGCAUUUUUUUUAAUGAUUUCUGUAAAGCAUGUGACAUUUUAUAUCUGAUAUUACAGCACCUUUCUAGAAUAAGGAGCUUACUUUUUUUAGCGCACCAAAUAUUGUAUUUAUAACACACUGUGGUUCACAGCAUUUGUUAAAGAUAAACAUUUCGUUUGAAAGGUUUAACUAAAAAAAAGACAACACAAAGUUAAUAUUUUCCUUAAAAUCACCCCUUGCAGAGUUGAAUGCAAUGUUGAAGUUAAUAAUUGAACUCUGUUGGAUGUCAAACUCUGAGCUGGACAUUUCCACCUUCUUUUACUUUCUUACUUUGCUAUUGUAAUGCCCCAAAACCACACUGCACAGUGCUGAAGACGGCUGUUAAGACUUAAGAGUGUUGUGUUUAAGAAAAGAAAAGCUGCGGCUGGAAUCCAAGGUCCUCGAGCUGUGAUGUCUUGGCGGGCUUGCCAAUCUAUUGUGUGCAGAGGGCAAUUUUUGGUCCGCACGCAUCUCAGAGGCCCCACGCGAAAGGUAGACCAAGGUACCCCCCAUCUCUCAUUCCCAACAAUGCAGUGAAAACAAACACUUAGCUCUGCUUCCAAUAAAACCCAGCCAGUGAUGGCAGGUUGGGCUGCAGACCAAGCCAGGCCACAGGUCCAAGACCUCAGAUAAAAAAAAAAAAGAGGCAGGAGCAGGCUGUUUUCUUAGCUGCAAAUCAAGAGUGCGAUGCUCUGGUGAGUGGCGCACGAGAGGAAAAGUGGUAAAGGGUAACGUGAUACUUCCACAUAUGCAGGGGGUGGCGAGGGAGGAGGACCAGAGACAUUCAUUACUGCAGCAAAAGCCCUGAUGAGGGUUUAAACACUACCUUCUGACCAAACAGACCCCCAGUAUGAGAAAAUCUUGCAUACACUGGCACACAGGAGGAAAACGCGUGUGCUGUAUGCAUAUGUAAGCACGCAUCAGUAAACUGAGAUUUGUGCAGACAAUUUGGGUCCACUUUUCUCAGGUCUGGAGACGGGACAGAGCCUCAGUCUGUGCCUUUGUGGGGGGUUCCCAGGAAAGGCUGUGGGGCAAACCCAGAACAAGUCGAAUUCCUAAGUUCCCCACGGCUCAUGCUGCAAAAUAUACGAACCACAAGUGUCCCACGUCUAGCAAUAGAUUUAGAAUUCUAUGUAUGUCCAAACAGAAACAGCAAUGUUUGUGGGUACGUCUGCACUGUAUAUCUACUCUGCCAUCUCUCAUUUUAGUGGAUAUCACUGACCAUUUGUCUUGUGUUUGUUAUGACAAUAACACAUUGUGAAACUUUUUUUUUUUUUUUUGCAUUGAAAAAUGUACUGUUAUGUAUUUUGGGGAAGUAAAGAAAAAUAUCUUUCAUACUCCAAGAUUGGUGGUUUUGUGGAUAGAAGUGCUCGUGUCAACAUUUUAAGAGAGCUCGUAUGAGAUUGUUUACACACUCUGACAGACAGACAUUUAUUUGGCUUUUCAACUGUCAGAAGCCACUGUAGAGGCAACAAGCCUUGCUUAACAGUUUCUAGAAAAAUUAUAGCCUUGGAUUAUCCACCACAACAUGCAGCACAACAUUAUUUCAAGGUGGAGAAACACACAAGCCUAAAUUAGACAGGCAUGUCAAGCAGGAAUACGUGUGAAGUCGCAAAUACUGUAUUACGGUGAAGUGGACUUUGAGGCGGCUGCUGAGUUGCUCGGCUUGCCCCACUCUGAGGCACACCUGUGUCAUAAAGGAGGUGACAUUCAAUAGCUAACCAGGGUGUGCCUGCAAUUUGUCAAGACUUUUCUAUACUUUUUGCAGAUAAGCAAGAGAAAGAGCUAUUCAGUCACACAGACUUUACUUUGGAUAGUGUUUCCGCGUCUGCAACAAUGAACAAACAAUCAAAGCCUCAUUUGUUAGCAAAUGAAAGAAGAACUGUGCAAUGUCAGACAGACACUUUGAAAACAA